AUGUUUAAGCGGCUCAUGCCGCCAGGCGACGUUUUCUUCGGCUACGUAGAUGAGAACGAGUUGCUUCUUGGAGAGAAGGUUGAGUUUUCAUGGCGCAAGGGCUAUCGACAGACUCCCCUGGCCAUGGAUUCAGCCUAUGAUGAUCAGACACUGCGACCGCUGCGCCAGUUGUUGAUCUUUGAGUUUUGCGACGUGAAGACUCAAAGCAUAGCUGCGCAGAGAACCAAAACAGCCCGGUUCAAAAAAAACCAGGACCUGCGGGGCGGAGACGUGUUUGUUUCGUCUCGACGGCCGGGGUUGACCACUUUAACGCAGCCGCAGCUUCAGGCUAUGAUCCAGAACCGAAACGAGAGAUUUGACGCUGCUGUGGCCUCGUGGAACGGGAGCUACAAAGAUUUGCAAACUUCUGCGCAAGAAACCAUGCCACAGGCGCCCGUGUUUGAUGACCCUGUGGAAGAUGUGCCCAAGAACCAAGAGCAAGAUGAAAACCAUGAGCAAGAUUCAAAAAACCAAGAACAAGAUUCAAAGACGACUGGAACAAAAGACCUUCUAGAGUCUGAAGGUAAAGGACAUACAAGUGAGUUGGAUAGAACCAACUCUGCAGUGAAGACCGAAGUGGACCAUAGUGGCAAUGAAAAACAAAUAUCCAACACAAAAGAAGCCGACUGCUCCACCAAUUCCGGAACUCAGUCUCAAAAACCUUCGGCCGCGGCCAUGCUCGCUGCGCUCAAGUCCCCGCCCCUUUUUCGCAGCCAAACGUUCGUUUCUGCGCCGCUCUGCGAGCCGCGCCCCGCCAACUAUGCGCCCGCGCCCGACAUUGUGCACCCAGAGGCUGCGGCGGCCUUAUGGCGCUCGGCCCACAUUGACUCUGCGCGCCUCUACUCGCACCAGGCCGCUGCCCUCUCGGCCCUACUGCGAGGCCACCACACAAUUGUCUCCACCGCCACCAGUCUGGGCAAAUCUCUCGUUUACCAGCUCCCAAUCAUCAGCGACAUUUUACGUGACGCCGACUUGGGCGCAAACACAGACCGCCGCACCGCCACUGCUCUUUUUGUUUUCCCGACCAAAGCGUUGGCCCAGGACCAAAAACGCCAUCUUUUGGCCUUGCUCGCUCAGCUUCCUGGCCGCAACAUCAUUGUCGACACUUACGACGGCGACACCUCGUCCAAAGACCGGCGCCAUGUGCGCUCGUUUGCUGAUAUCAUCUUCACCAACCCAGAUGCCAUUCAUGCGGCGAUUCUUCCCAAUGCGCUCGACAGUAACUGGCGUGACUUUCUCGCGUGCUUGAAGUAUGUGGUUGUGGAUGAGUUGCACGUGUAUCGAGGAACUUUUGGUGUGAAUGUGGGCUUUGUCAUGGCCCGGCUCAAUCGCAUGUUGGAGAGACUUGCUGCUCAUCCACUCUAUGUCUCAUGUUCUGCCACAAUUAGCAACGCAGAAGAACAUUUCCGGGCCGUUUGUGCCCUUCCAGACGAUGACGUUGUGGAACAUGUGGAUGAAGACGGGAGCCCUGCCACGGAAAAGAUGCUAGUGGUAUGGGAACCGCCUGUGUUGAUGAACAAGAGGGGCCAGACACAUCUUCGGGGGAAGGGACUGAUGUUGAAUGCACCGAAAAUGAGAAAUAGAAAUGUGACUAACGGACUGACUGUGGCAGAUCCUUCUCCGUCUCUGAUAUCAUGCAAAGAGAAAUCAGAAACAGCACAAUUGCCCUCAAAUAAUGAAUCCCCCUUGCACAAGUCACAGGCCCCAGAUACUGAAUGCUCUUUGCACGAUCCGCUCAAUGAUCCAUCUCCUUCGCAUGAUCAAUCAAAUGGUCCAUCCUCUCAUCCAUCUUCCUCUAAUGAUCCACCUUCCUCUAAUGAUCCAGCUUCCUCUAAUGAUCCAGCUUCCUCUAAUGAUCCAUCUCCCUCACACGAUCAGAGCGGGUCUGCUAAACGUAUCCGUCUUAGUCUCUCUCCUCCCGUUUCGCUGCCCAUGUUGCCCCGCGAAAGCAUCUUGUCAGAGCUGGCUCGGGUCCUCGUUCAUCUUCUCUGCACUUUCCCGUCCAUCAAGGCAAUUGUCUUCUGUCCCAUUCGUCAGAUGUGCGAGCUCGUCAUCAAGGAAGUACGGACCAUCAUUCGUGAAAACAUUCCACAGUGGCAUGGUCUCCAUGAAAGGGACAUCAUGGCGUAUCGAGGUGGAUACUCCAAGUCAGACCGCCGUGCCAUUGAGCACCGGAUGUUUCUGGGCCAACUUCGUGCCAUUGUAGCGACUAAUGCACUCGAGUUGGGAAUUGAUCUUUCAGACUUGGACGUUGUGAUCUCAUGUGGCUUCCCGCAGCUGAAACUGAACUUGCACCAGCAGUUUGGCCGUGCUGGUCGAGGCAGAGAUUCCAAGGGCAGCUUGGCUAUUCUUGUAUGUGGCGCAGGGCCGGUUGACCGGUAUUACUUGAAAAACCCGCUCGAACUUUGUGACACUCGAUCGUACGAGGACCUUGGUGUGGCUGGUCUUCUCGACAGCACUCUGAACCAUGUGGUCAAGGCAAUGCAUUUGCAAUGUGCGGCCUUCGAGGACCCGAUCGAUCUCAUUCUAGACCGCCGCUGGUUUUCGCCCCACAACGAUCCCAAAAUGAACGAAGACUUUAUUCGCCUUUGCCAGGAAAACCUUCAUCCGGACGAUAGAAACGAAUAUCGUACUGAUCCAAGAUAUUUGCCAUGGCCCGCCGAAAAAGUGUCUUUGCGAGCAAUGGAACAGACAACGUAUGCCGUGGUGGAUAUCACCAACAACCGCAAUAUCAUCAUCGAGGAAAUCGAAGAGCUGCGUACAAGUUUCACUCUCUACGAAGGAGGGAUUUUUUUGCACCAGGGUUAUCCAUACUUGGUUAAAGAGUUCAAUCCCGAUGGGAAGUACGCUAAGGUAGAACGCGUGAAUGUUUCUUGGGUUACACAGCAGAGAGAUUUCUCGGACGUAGAUCCGGUGCAAAUUGAGCUCGUCAAACAGCUUUUCCCGCCCAGCGUCGCUACCCCAACCGACAUCCCCGUCUUCUAUGGCCAGGUUGAUACUACAAUUGUGGUGUUUGGUUUUUUCAAGGUCAAUAGGAAGCAAGAGAUUUUGGAGGUGGUGGAGGUCAAUAACCCACCAAUAGUCCUACGCUCAAAGGGCUUCUGGAUCGAUAUUCCUCACGGAGUACUCAAUGCCAUCAAAGAGAAAAAUCUCAGCGCUGCUGGAGGAAUUCAUGCUGCACAGCACGCCAUCAUGAAUAUCCUUCCUAUAUUCCUCAUUGGAGGUGCCACUACGAACCCAAACGCACGCUUCACCUCGACACUAGGUGACGCUGAGUUGACUACAGAGUGCAAAGCGCCAGAAAAAGAGUUUGCUCAACGCCAGACCAAGCGGAAGCGGCCGGCUCGCCUCAUUUUUCACGACUCCAAGGGCGGAGCCCAAGGCACAGGAAUGUCUGCCAAAACUUUUGAGCUCAUUGACAAAAUAAUCUAUAAAACGUACCAGUGCAUUCUGGAAUGCGAGUGUGAGUGGGGUUGCCCACUAUGUGUCACAGGUUCUUUUUGUAAAGAAGGCAUGUUGGUUAUGUCAAAACCAGCUGCCAUCAUCAUAUUGGGCAGUCUUCUUGGUUAUGACUUGGAUGAGUUGAAGCAACGUGUGCCCGACGGGCCAGAAGAGAAUAUGCCAGCCAUAAACGUCGAAACCAUCACUGAAGAGGGUCGGACAGUCAAGUUUGCUCCAGAUGUGGAAAUUUUGCAAGUGCGGAAAGCGGAAGCUCCACUUGUGAAGAUAGAGGACCCGUUGAUCAAGUGUGAGGAUCCGUGA